UGCUCCUCUCCCCGAAUGAAGAUUGAACUUCACUCUAGAUUGCAACCUCCUUCCUCUGUCCAACAUCUAGUAUUUGACGAUCUGAGGACGGAAGUUUCAAAAUUAACAGAUGAAGGGCUUAUGCCUAAAACGUCAACUUUCCUGCUCUUCGGAUGCUGUCUGACCAGCUGUGCUCUUCCAGCACCGCACGUUUCAGCACGGACUGUUCAGUAACUACAAUCCUCACUUUGUCAUCAAUAUCUGACGGUCAGUCAAUCCAUCGAGACUGCAAUAAUUUUUUACUGUGAUUCUAUGAGGAAGAGCAAAGCUUUUUGGUUCCUGUUUGAGUACGUUUUCAGCAUCAGUCGGACUGGAUGAGAGACCCGACUGUUGCAGCGCACUUGAGUGUGAAGCCAGAAACAGCUCUACGGCCUGGAAAGAGGAAUUCACGGUGAGGAGGGGCUCUACACGCAUUUGUGUACAGCUGGAGCUUCGGCCAUGGAGAAACCUGAGGAAUCCCACCCCGAGGAGGAAUCGUGGAAGUGUGGUGACUGCGGGAAAGGCUUCCGUGCUCCAUCUGCCCUGGAGAUUCAUCGGCGCAGUCACACCGGAGAGAGGCCAUUCAUCUGCCCCAGUGUGGGAAGGCCUUCAGCAAUUCCUCUGCCCUUAUGAGGCACCGGUGGGUCCACACAGGGGAGAGGCCCUUCAGCUGCCCCGAUUGUGGGAAGGACUUCAGCUAUUCUUCUGACCUGCAGACCCAUCGACGGGUCCACACGGGGGAGAGGCCGUUCUCCUGCACUGUGUGUGGGAAGGCCUUCAGCACCUCCUCCACCCUCCUGACCCACUGGCGGGUCCACACUGGGGAGAGGCCAUUCACUUGUUCUGAGUGCAGGAAGGGAUUCACUCAGGAGGGCAAGUUGCGGAUGCACCAGCGGGUCCACACUAGGGAGAAGCCUUUCAGCUGCCCCGAGUGUGGGAAGGCCUUCAACGAUUCCUCUUCCCUUCAGACCCACAAGUGGGUCCACACGCAGGAGAGGCCGUUCCCCUGCACAGAGUGCGGCAAGCUCUUCAGCAAUUCCUCCACCCUGCUGAAGCACCAGCGGGUCCACACAGGGGAGAGGCCCUUCAGCUGCCCCGAGUGUGGGAAGGGCUUUACCCAGAUGUCCGUCCUGCUGAUCCACCAGCGGAUCCACAUCGGUGAGAAGCCUUUCUGCUGCCCUGAGUGUGGGAAGGGAUUCACUCAGAAGGGCAACUUGCGCACGCACCAGCGGGUCCACACCGGGGAGAGGCCCUUCAGCUGCCCCAAGUGCGGAAAUGCCUUCAGCGAUUCCUCCACCCUACUGAAGCACCAACGGGUCCACACGGGGAAGAAGCCAUUCCCCUGCCCCGAGUGUGGGAAGGCCUUUAGCAAUUCCUCCGACCUGCUGAAGCACCAGCGUGUCCACACGGGGGAGAGGCCCUUCAGCUGUCCCGAAUGUGGGAAGGCCUUCAGCGAUUCCUCCGCCCUGGUGAAGCACCGGCGGGUCCACAGGGGGGAGAGGUCCUUCAGCUGCCCCGAGUGUGGGAAGGGCUUUACCCGGGCAGCCACCCUGCGGAGGCACCAAGGAGUUCAUGUCGGGGAGAAGCCGUUCAUCUGCUCAGUGUGUGGGAAGGGAUUCACAAAUUCUUCCAACCUGCGGGCGCACCAGUGGGUCCACACGGGAGAGAAGCCCUUCACCUGCUUGGUGUGCAGGAAGGGGUUCACGCAUUCAUCUGCACUGCUGACCCACCAGCGGGUCCACACUGGGGAGAGGCCGUUCGGUUGCUCAGAGUGCGGGAAGGCUUUCCGUCGUGUGAGCAACUUGAGGAAGCACGAGCGGGUCCACAUGGGGGAAAGGCCAUUCACCUGCCCCGAGUGUGGGAAGGGAUUCAUUGAUUCUUCCAGCUUGCUGAACCACCAGCGGAUCCACACAGGGGAAAGGCCAUUCACCUGCUCUGUGUGCGGGAAAGGAUUCAAUCAUAUGAGCAAUUUGCGGCAGCAUAAGCGGGUCCACACUGGGGAGAGGCCAUUCACCUGCCCCGAGUGUGGGAAGGGAUUUACCAACUCUUCCCACCUGCUGACCCACCAGCGGAUCCACACUGGGGAGAGGCCAUUCACCUGCUCCAAGUGCAGGAAGGGCUUCACCUGCUCCUCUGACCUCCAGAGACAUCAACGAGUUCACGUGCCAUCACAGGGAAAUUGAAGGAGUGACAGAUAAGUACCAUUUUUGACUAGACUAUCAACCCCGUUCUGGGGUCUCCCAGGUUUGAAUCCCACCGUGGUAGAUGGUGCAAUUGAAAUCUGGAGUUCAGAAUCAAAUGAUGAAACCAUUUUCAGGGGAAGAAAAACCCCACCUUAUUCACUCAUGUCCUUUUUUAGAGAAUGAAGCUAUCUUUGCAGGAAAGGAAUCACUCAGUUAUUCCAGCUGCAUCCUUUACCUGGUCUGGCCUACCCCUGACUCCAGACCCACAGCAGUGUGGUUGACUCUUGAUUGCAUCCCCCUCCUGUAUAUGAGCUGGAGAAACUAACUUGUAUACAGGGUGUAGGCUGAAACUGCUGAGUGAGGCAAUACUUCCUCCAGAUGAAGGCUGUACCAAGGAUCCAGUUCCAAAGGGAUAAUUUGGUGCUGACCAAUAGUAAAGAAAGUGGGGGAUGGGGAGUGUGUGCACUUUGACCUUGAGCUUUUUAUUUAAAAAACGCUACUUUUCGUGCACU